AUGACAAUGAAAUUGAUGGACAUAAGGAACCCAUUUGAAAAGAAGGAAUCUGGAUUUUUUAAGAGAACACCAGAGAGGGAGGACGAGAGAAGGCUGGAGAAGAGGAACCACAGAGAUUGUAACUUUCUUUUCAUAACAAUGACCAGAAUAACUGUUGAUCACGUAGAAGAGGAAUUUACAAAGACCACAGACAAAACCAAUUGUGUCUUUGGCCUUUGCUCAUCACCUUCAACAGUAACCAUCGCACAAAAGUUGAUUGCAGAAGUCAUUGGUAUGUAUUUUGUGAUAUUUGCUGGUUGUGGAUCAAUUGUUGUGAAUAAGAUCUAUGGGUCAGUCACAUUUCCAGGCAUAUGUGUAACGUGGGGUUUGAUUGUCAUGGUCAUGAUUUAUUCUGUUGGGCAUAUCUCUGGGGCUCACUUUAAUCCGGCAGUCACUAUCACUUUCGCCAUCUUUUGCCGAUUCCCUUACAAGCAGGUUCCUCUAUACAUUGUAGCUCAACUAAUGGGAUCAAUUCUUGCUAGUGGCACUUUGGCUCUAGUGUUUGCCGUGGACACCCCUACCCCUAAUGCUUACUUUGGAACUGUACCAAUUGGAUCGAACUGUCAAUCCCUAGUUCUGGAAAUUGUGAUAUCCUUCCUCUUGUUGUUUGUCAUCUCUGGUGUUGGCACAGACGACAGAGCAACAGGUGAACUAGGAGGGAUUGUCACUGGAAUGACUAUACUAUUGAAUGUUUUAGUUGCAGGGCCAAUUUCAGGAGCUUCAAUGAAUCCAGCAAGGAGCAUUGGGCCUGCUGUUGUAAAACAUGUCUAUAAAGGAUUAUGGGUCUAUGUAGUUGGGCCAAUUAUUGGAACAAUUGCCGGAGCACUUGCUUAUAAUCUAAUCAGAUUCACAGACAAGCCUCUUAAGGAGUUAGCUCGGAAUGGGUCAUCAUUGUUCAGAGGUACUGCAGGGCCGCAGGCUGCAGUAUAGCUAAUAGCUAAAACCCGCAGAGACAAUUCUUGUGCCACAGUUUUUUUCACUACCCUUAUGUCCAUGAUUGUGAAUGAUGAAUAAAAGACCAUAUAUUUAUGUCAAA